AAGCCCAUCACAGAAAGAGCCGGGGACAGGCUUGCUGUAACCAGUGCAGAGGUGCAACCCAAGAGCUAAUUACUAAACCUUGAACAGCUUGCAAGACCAUGUCCCAACAUCACUGGGGAUAUGAGCCAGGCUUAAACGGGCCAGAUAGCUGGCAUAAGGCUUUUCCUAUUGCCAAUGGAAAACGACAGUCUCCUGUGGAAAUUGAGUACUCCAAAACGCAGUAUGACUCUGCUCUGAAACCUCUGAAGUUGUCCUAUGACCCUUCUACUGCUAAGAGGAUCGUCAACAAUGGUCACUCUUUCAACGUUGAGUUUGAUGAUUCUGCUGAUAAAUCAGUGCUAAUUGGAGGACCCCUGAUUGGGAACUACCGGUUGAUCCAAUUUCAUUUUCACUGGGGCUCCAGUGGGAGCCUGGGCUCUGAGCACAUUUUGAAUGGGAAGAAAUAUGCAGCUGAGCUUCAUUUGGUUCAUUGGAAUACAAAGUAUGAGAGUUUCAAGGUUGCUGUGACCAAGGAUGAUGGACUGGCUGUCAUUGGGAUCUUUUUAGAGUUGGGAACUGCUCACCCAGGACUUCAAAAAGUUGUUGAUGCUCUGGGUAAAAUUCAAACAAAGGGCGAAGAGGCCGCCUUCACUAAUUUUGACCCAACUUGUCUUCUUCCUGAGUCCUUAGAAUUUUAUACUUAUCAGGGCUCACUGACCACUCCUCCUCUCUUGGAAUGUGUGACUUGGAUUGUCGUACAAAAGCCCAUCAAUGUGAGCCAGGAACAGAUGGCAAAAUUCUACAGCCUUUAUUUCACUGCUGCUGGUGAAAGUCCUGCAAAACACAUGGUGGGCAACUGGCGCCCCGUUCAGCCCCUUUCUGGCAGGACAAUUAGAAGAUCUUUCAAUUCUUGAUGUCCUAGAGCAAUGACCCUCUAGCUAAGCACAAUAUCAGUCUGUACACUGGCAGCAUCUCCACUAGUCUCCGUUUUUUUGUUUUUGUACCAGACAUUCUUUCUCAUAAAACGUAAAAAAAGUUGUAGAUCAACUUAAGAUGUUCUUAAUGUGUGAACCCAAUAACCUACAAGCGCAGACCCAUGUGCAAUGCUUGGCAAAGUGACAUUGACCUGGUGCUUUGGUGAUAGCAAUGCUUUUUCUGUGACAA